AUGGAGAGUGUAGCCGUGUUCGGUGGAGCCAAAACUUGUAUCUCUUUCUCAUCCACUUUUCCUUCAUCAACUUACACCACCAACACCAGAAGCUUAUCCUUCACUUCCUUCAAGAACCUUAAUCUACGCGCUACCCACCUAUCUGCAUUCCAUUCAAAAUCCCAUAUUUUCUCUUACGACAAUUCCCCGUCACGUCCUCAUGGUGCUAAAACCCGCAAUUCCAGAAAACCCCGAAUCUUUCUUCCUCAUUUGGUGGCUUCCAUGGAACAAGUUGAGGAGACUUACAUUAUGGUCAAGCCUGAUGGUGUUCAACGUGGCCUUGUUGGAGAAAUAAUCUCGAGGUUUGAGAAGAAAGGAUUUAAACUGACUGGCUUGAAGCUUUUCCAAUGCCCUAAAGAAUUGGCAGAGGAGCACUAUAAGGAUCUCAAGGCCAAGUCUUUCUUCCCUGGUCUGAUCGAUUACAUCACUUCUGGUCCAGUUGUGUGUAUGGCAUGGGAAGGUGUUGGUGUCGUAGCAUCAGCACGUAAGCUAAUAGGGUCCACAGACCCUCUUAAGGCUGAACCAGGCACAAUCAGAGGAGAUCUCGCUGUUCAAACAGGAAGGAAUGUGGUUCAUGGCAGUGACAGCCCUGAAAAUGGAAAUCGUGAAAUAGGUCUCUGGUUUAAAGAAGGUGAAUUGUGUCAGUGGACACCAGCUCAAGCAUCUUGGCUGCGGGAGUGA